AUGGCUGCACGCAUCGACCAGAUCCUGGUCGAUACGGCCCGUGACUGCACGCCUUGUGCGCCAGGCACCCCUUCCAUCGCCCCGUCCCUCACAUAUUCCGAAGAUUCGGAGGACCAAGAUGAGUUGCCGCAGCCGCCGGAGCCUCACAGGCGGCGCCGUGCUUCGACGCGGCUGAUUUCCCAGAGUGCCGCCGACGUCCAGCGCAUCACCGGCGAGUCUACGACCGAGCUGAUCAACAGAUGCUGCGGCGGCGGCUGCUGCAUGAAGCUAGGCAAGAAGAAGGAGGGACUCGAAUAUGAACGCGUGCCGCUGCCUGACAACGACGCAUUCCGGUCUCUGUGCCUUAAGAUUGAAGAGAUACCCACCAUGCUGUCCAAUGUUGCCGACAUGCCACCGCAGACGGCCUUCCUGAAGCCCAUUCGACGCACUUCGGAGCGGCUACCAUCUCCCACCGACUCGGCCAUCUCCGUGGGCAGCGAAUCCGGCAAAUCAAACAACUCUGCAUCUGCGCUGGUGAAGGACCUCGGGAAGCUUACCUUGGAGGACCUCGACACCACAAUACAGCCGCCUUCUUUCGUCCAGCCACACCCGCCUUACAACGUCUUCCCCGCCAGAAUCCACAACACGCGGGAGCUGACGCGGCCUGGUGCUGAGAAGCGUACCUACCACUUCGACCUGGAUAUCACAGGCUACCCCGAGGAAAACGGCCUUGACUUCAAGGUCGGAGGCGCCAUUGGAGUGUCAGCUCCCAAUGACACCGAGAUGGUUGAAGAAAUUCUCGACCUCCUUGGUGUUCCGCGCUUCUUGCGUGACAAGCCCGUCCUCCUGCAGACCAUGAGUGGACGGUGGCCCACCGUCUGGGGCGAAGAUCAAGGACGGGAGCUCGUCACGACCCGCAGAGACCUACUCACCUGGUGCUCGGACAUCCAGUCUUACCCACCUACCAAGGGGCUCUUGCGGGCCAUGGCAGAGUAUGCCAACGAUCCGAACGAGAAGAAGGUGCUCUUGUACCUGUGCGCCGGUGAGGGACAGGGAGUCUUCUGCGACUUCCGCACUGGCCCUCACGUAUCUCUCGCCCAGUUGCUCCACGCGUUUCCUUCAUCGAAGCCACCCUUGGACCUGGUACUAUCCCUCCUUCAGCCGCUGAUGCCCCGCUUCUACUCUCUGUCUAGCGAUCCGCACGAGAACUUCGAGGUCCGUGACGGGAAACAGCACCGGCUGAUCGAGAUUGCCGUGACGGUCCACGAGACCUCCGACUGGAAGAAGGGGGCGAGGACAGGAGUGGGCUCUGGCUUCUUCGAGCGCCAGUCUCGUAAAUACACCGAACUGCAGCGUGCAGGUCAGCCGGCGCCGCAGAUGUACAUUCCUAUGUUCAAGGGCUUGAUGGCCAACCCUCUCGCAAAGCAGUUCGUGUCCGAUGGCCCGAUGCUCCUUAUUGGAGCUGGCGUCGGCAUCGCUCCGUUCCGAGGCUUUGUGCAGCGUAGAUUGAAGAACGCCAACUGUGCAAACAAGGUAUGGGUUCUUCAGGGCAUCCGCGACUCCCUCGUCGACGAGAUCUAUAGUGGCGAAUGGGGUGUGCACGAGCAAGACGUAAAGCGCAUUGUUGAGAGUCGCCGCGGUGAAGGCAGAUACGUCCAAGAAGAAGUCGCAAACCAGGCAGACCUCGUUUGGUACGUUAUCAACUCGGUUGAUGGCCGUGUCUUUGUCUGCGGUAGCUCCAAGGGUAUGGGCGAGGGUGUCGAAGAAGCCCUGGUGGAAGUUGCCAUGAAGAAGGGCAACCUGGAGCGAGAAGAAGCCCAGAGGUUCUGGGAUCUCAAGAAGGAAGUCGGCCAGUACAUUGCUGAGACUUGGUAG